ACAAAAUAGCAGACUACAGCUGCUUGGGGACAGAGGAUGGCGGAAGAGAAAGCAGAUUUAAGCAACCUUAAUUUUGAUUUAGAUGAGAUAGAUGAUGAAGAAUUUAAUUUGCCUCAAGUCGAAGCACCGACACUAGAGAGUAUUUUAAAUGAAUCAGAUAAUGAAGAUCUUGAUCCGCAUUCCCUGGAAUACGAUGACUCUCAAUCUGUAUCGAGUAUUGAAUCGCAAGAUACUCCAAAGAAAAAGAGAAAACCUAUUUCAGCUGUACGUUCAGCCAGCGCUAUUCUACGUCAUAUUGUCUUAAAGAGUGUAUCUGCCCAAUUAUCAUCAGCCGUUGAUAGAGUUUCUGCUGGCUCCCCAACAGUACUGGCUGUGGGAAAAUUAUUAGCUGUUGGGACUAGUCAUGGGUUGGUUCUUGUUUUCGAUCCAAAUCAAAGUUUAAAGUGGUGCUUGGGUAGUUCUGUUGUUGGUGUUCAAUAUGGAGCCGUUACAGCUCUAACUUUCGACAAAACCUCUACUCGUCUGCUGUGCGGAUUUGCAAAGUCUGUUAUAACGAUGUGGGAUACAACAAAUGGCAAAUUACUUCGAACAAUUACUGAUGCUCAUCCUCCAGGAACAGCUAUUUUAAAUCUUCAGUUUACUGAUUCACACACGCUAGCAGUGUCAUCAGACAGCGGAGGCUCGGUUUUUGAAUUGGAAUUCAAGAAAUUGAUAGCUGUAAGAAGUUGUGAAUCACGAUGUUUAUUCUCCGGAUCUCGUGGAGAAGUGUGUUGCGUAAAGGCUCUUCAUACUGAAGCAGAGCCUAAUCAUCCUCUUAUGAAUUUAGGAGUAAUUGCCAUGGGUACCUUAUCGAAACUAUUAUUAGUAGCCUUACGACCGCAACUAAAAGUUGUAUAUGCCGAGCCUCUCACUGGUACACCGAAUACCCUUCCACUUUUAGCUUGGCAAUUUGUAGUUAUUCAACUCAAUGACGGAUCAAAAGUAUUUGACCCUGUCUUGGCUUUUGCUAGGCAACAAAGUAUUCAUUUUGUUCAGCUAAUUUGUCGAAAAGGAGCGGAACUUAGCUUCAACAAAUUAAAAACAAUUACGGUCAAUUAUACACUUUUAAAUAUCGCUUGGCUCAACACAAGAGCUCUUAUUCUUCUGGAUCAAAGCGAAAAGUUUCAUAUCCUCGAUAUUCGCAACGAAUUUGAAUUGGAUGUUGUUGAUGUUGCAAAUAUACGCUUUGUGUAUAGUUCUAGCUUCUACAAAUCUCUUGCCACAGGAGGAAACGUUUCAAAAGCUAUGGCUUAUGCCGCUGACGUUGCUUGCUAUAGCUCAAUUGCUACUUAUAGUAAGCAAUUAUUACUCUUGGGUGUUGAAGGAGUUCAUGUCUAUUCUUUAAGAACUUGGAAGGAGAGAAUUGAUGCUGUAGUGAAAACAAGUUACUUAGACGAAGCUUUAAAAUUAGCUGUCUCCUUUUACACCGCAAAGCACGGUGAAACAGCAGCUGUAUUAGGCCUUCCAAUUCAAAUUCAACGAAGAAAAGUUUUGGUUCGAAAAAGGGUUGUUGAGCUAGCUAAUCAGUAUACAAAUUGGGCUCUAAGUACAAACGGAGAUGAAGACUUUUGGGAUUAUGUUGCAAGAAUUCUAAUAGAAAGUUUAAUCAAUGUUGAUGAGAGGAGGGAGCUUGUUCGAACAAUUUAUACAAAAUUUGAAAGUAAUCAACUUUCAAAGAGAGCAUUUUUAGAGAAUGUUGAACCAUUUGUUAUAAGUGGAAAAGCUCCAGACUUAGGACCGUCGAUCAUGAGGGAUUUAGUGGAAUAUUAUGAAUCUACUGAUCAAUUACACCGUUUGGAAGCCUGUUUAAAUCAAGUUGAUAUGUCAACUAUAGAUACAAAUAAAGUCGUUCAAUUAUGCUGGAAUUUCGGAUUAUAUGAUGCUUUUAUAUCAGUCUAUAAUAGGGGAUUGAACGAUUAUUCAACUCCUAUUGAAAAGUUAGCUAAUUUAUUAGAAACUAGUGAUGAAUCUGAAGAAAUGAGGAAGCUGGGCAAUAAGUUAUUAGUUUAUAUAAGUUGUUCAUUAUCUGGAGCAGCUUAUCCUGUUGGAGAUAUAAAAGAAGAAAAGAAGUCUAAUGUAAAAUUAGAAGUUUUUGAUUGUGUUACUAGAUUGCAUUCCUCACGAAAGCGAGAAGAUGAAGCUUCUUAUCCCUAUAUGAGAAUACUUUUGAGAUUUGAUACUGUUGAAUUUUUGAAUGUCUUGGCUUUAGCAAGCCGCUCUGAACCUGAAUUUAAUGGCGAAAACACAGAAGGAGCCACCAGACUUCAAAGGCUAUUAGAUAUCUUGUUGAGAGUUAUGGUCGAAAGUGAAAGGCGAUUUGAAUCUUCACAAAUGGCGGCUCUCUUUACUUUUGUUACAAGAUUAUUAGCUAGAAACAAUAAUGUAAUAGUCAGUAGAGGACUGUUAGAAAAGUUACUACUGAGCGUUCCCGCUGAAUCUAGGGCAACUCCAGGAGGGCAAGUAAGACAUGAUGAGCGAGAACAAGCCUUACAAGAACUACUUGACAAUGGGGGUCAGGAAUAUUUCGAUGAAGAUCGCCUCUUGGAAUUAUGUGAACAUGCUAAAUUCUACAAAGUUUGUCGUUUAAUUUAUGAAAAACGUAGACGAUUUGGUGAUGUUUGGAGAAGCUUGUGGAAUGAUUCAAAUUCAACAGAAUCAGCUCUAAAUUACUUAUAUUCAGUUCUGAUGAAUCAUGUACCGAAUUUGAAAGAAUCAGAGAGAGAAGACAUCAAAGCAACUUCUUCAAAACACAUCGCAGAGCUUGUUCGACACGAUGCCGAUCGAGCUGCUAGAUUUACGCUACUAGGUUUGUUUAAAGAUGUCAAAACGGCUUCGAAUACUUUAGCUGAUCCAGAAGAUAAAUAUAGAUUGUUGAAAGCAAUCAUUGAAAUAUCACCAAAUCAAGACAAUGAUAUUCAUAACGAACUAAUCGAGUUAAUGGCUGAGUUUCAACCAAAGUUAAUCGAGUCUCAUUUACGGUCGGUUUAUAAUCAAUUUGAUGCAAGCAAAGCUUUAGAAGUAUGCAAACGUAAGAACAUUGUCCCUGCUGUUGCUAUUUUGUAUGAAAAGGAUGGUAUGCUUAUGGAAGCUUUCGAAACGCUCUUUGGUGAUGUUCAAAAAAAGCUAGAAGGCUUUAUCUCGGCUGGAAAAGAUACUGUUGAACUUCAGAAAUCUGUUGAAGCAGUUUCUGAUUUGUGCCGACGACAUUCCAAGGCUUUGGAUGGUGAUAACGGAAAGAAAUUAUGGUUUAGGCUGUUAGACGUUCUACUUGCCGCUGACGAAUUUGUGAAAGAUCGAAUUGACUGCCUAGCGGAAGUUUGUCAGAAUUUAUUAAGAAGUAUGGUUGGGCAUGUUCCACUAUCAGAUAUUGUUCAAAGACUAAUGAAAACAAGAACAGGAACUUUUUCUCAAGUUCGUCCUUUAUUAACGGCUCUAUUAGCAAAUUACAAUUAUGAGACGACAUUGCUUGAUAUAUGCCGAAAAUUAGUUGAAAAUGACGCUGCAAGACAUUUGAAAGAGUAUCACGAUCUUCGGGGAAAAGCUAUUACUCCAUCAAUAAUUUGUUGCCUUUGUAAUGGCAUUAUUGAAGAUGAUAACAUUUGCUUUAAAUGUACUCACACAUAUCAUCUAAAUUGUCUCCAAAAGGAAAUCUAUUGCCGACUUUGUGCGCGAAGGAAACCUAAAAAUUGUCAUAUGACCGUUCUAAGAAGACAACCAUUAAAAAUUGAAUCGCCGUGGGCUUCUUCAGAUAUCUUACCAUCGGAGCUGCGGCUAAAGCCCCCUCCACCAUACUCAGCGAAGUAG